AUUUACUCUCUUUAUACAAUGACUUACGGUGAAGCUGAUUCUUAUCAAGGUGCUCCUCAAGUGGGAUACCAACGUCCUAAUGUAGAUGAAAGUGCUCGAUAUGCUGCUCAACAUGGUGGUGAAGAACAUAGUAGUAUGUUCUCUUCUGUAUUAUCUAGUGUUUUAGACCGAGAUGAUGAUGACCACAAGCGUCCUGUCGAAGAACACGAUGCUCAUCAAGCAUAUGAAGCUCAUGAUCGUAUUUAUAACCAAGGUGGUGCUUCUGAAGCAUCUUCUCGUGAUAUGGGAUCUGCAGCAGCUCUUCAAGCCUUCAAGAUGUUUAGUAGCAAAGGAUCUGGAGGUAGCGGCGGUGGUAGCUCUGAACUGAUUGGUUUGGCUAUGGGAGAAGCUAUGAAACUUUAUAAAGGAUCCUCUGGUGGCGGUAGUAGUGGUGGUAGUCAAGCUGAAAUGUUACAAUCAGCAGCUGCUAUGGCUAUGAAAUUGUAUGCAUCUCAAUCUGGUGGUCAAAGUGGUGGUGGCUCAAGUGGUUUGAGUACUAUUAUGGGUUUACUCGGUAAAUCUGGUGGUAGUGGUGGUGGUGGUGCUGCCUCUUUGAUUUCCAAACUUCUUUAAUAGUUUUCUUUUUUUACUUGUUAUUCAUUUUUUUUUUUAAAAAUAAAAACAAAGAAAAACUCUGACACAUA